CACUCUUUACGAAGACAGAGAAGGCUGUUACACCUCACCAUUCAAAAAGAUGCAGACCUUUGGAGUGAAGUUCCUUGCUCUUGUUGCAUUUAUGAUGCUUCUCUCGAGCUCUCUGGCCCAUCAUGAUCAUGUCAUUGAGAAGCGUUCAAGUGAGAGUGGAAGCAUGGAGGUAUCGACACCAACCACAACCUUGAAUAACCUGUUGAAUUUGAUCAAGGUUCUUCAGGGCUUGAUCACACCUCCUGCUCCAGCCCCAGCUCCUGCCCCGGCCCCAGCUCCUGCUCCAGCUCCAGCUCCUGCCCCGGCCGCAGCCCCACCAAAAUAAUAACCAUGUUCUUGUUGUACACUGUAAAAGGUGACUUCAUGGUUUAAUGUCAAUGAAUGAAAUAAAGUCCCUUUGAGAUA